CUCUCUCUCUCUCUCUCUCUGUCUCCUCCUGCAUGUCCGCGGGGGUGAGGAAACACUGCGGAAGAGACGAGAGACAGAACGUGUGUUAAUAGACCUCCCUCAGCCUCCCCCCGCUCCUUCACACACUCCCAGAUAAGAGGACAGAGCUCUCUCACUCCACUCAUUUCACACACAAACACACAUACACACCGCUCCAGGAUAGGAAGCAAACUUCUCUUCUGCUGUUUACUUUUCUCUUGUGUUAAGAGCCUGCAGAUUGGGACAGUCAUUGAGACGUCUCAGUUUCUCCUUCUUAUCUAUUGCGGGAGUGUGUUUUGGGGUACCUCAAGGGUCAGUGUUCAGUCCCCAGGUCUUUUUCAGGAAAACCAAGCGCGAAGAAGGAAACGCAGCAACUUCAUCUCCUUCCAACCAUGUGUUUCUCCAUCUACUGAAUUGACAUUUGGCUCUGUUUUUGCUGUCAUGAGGCUGGCCAGAAGCGGUUGGCAUUUGGCACUGCUGCUGCUGGCGUGGGUCAACCUGGCGAGCUCUGGAAACGGGAACGGUCAAGGGAGACGCGGCGGUGGUGGCGAAAGGCGGAGGAAGCUUCACCGCGUGCAAAACGGACAGUGCAGCUACACCUUCAUCCUGCCCGAGAUGGAGAGCUGUCAGGAGCAGAUGAGCGGGACCCACGGGGUGCAGCGAGACUCCCCGCCGGCCGACAGCGAGUGGUCCGUUCAGAAGCUGCAGCAUCUGGAGACGGCCAUGGAAAACAACACGCAGUGGCUGCAGAAGUUAGAAAACUACAUCGAGCAGAAGACAGGGAUGGUGCACAUUCAGGCCGAUGCCGUUCAUAACCAGACGGCCACCAUGCUGGAAAUCGGCACCAACUUGCUCUCUCAGACGGCAGAGCAAUCCAGGAAACUCAAUGUGGUCGAAGCCAAGGUUAUGAAUCAGACAUCAAGAAUUGCGAUCCAGUUAUUAGAGAAUUCAUUGUCAACAAACAAACUGGAGAAGGAGCUCAUAUCACAGCUUUCAGAAAUCUCUAAACUUCGUGACAAGAACAGUCAUCUGGAGAGUAAGGUGUUGGUCCUGGAGUCACAGCAGAGGACAGAGCUGGAGGACAUGAGGGAGGAGAAGGAGCGACUGCAGGACCUGGUGAAGAGACAGACGGCCGCCAUUACGGCUCUAGAGAGACAGCUGAGAGCGGCCAGCAGCAAUAACUCAGCCCUGCAGAAACAGCAUCAGCAGCUCAUGAAGUCUGUACACACACUUAUUGGCAUGGUGUCUUCUGGGACAGGCAUUACGCCAAAUGAGCAGCGUUUCCGAGACUGUGCUGAGGCCUAUAAAUCCGGUCACAACACCAGCGGCGUCUACCACAUUUACAUCGGAGACAUGACGGAGCCAACCAAGGUCUUCUGUGAUAUGGUGACAAGUGGAGGUGGCUGGACUGUAUUCCAGCACAGAGCCAAUGGAAGUGUGAACUUCCAGAAAGGCUGGAAAGACUACAAGCUGGGAUUUGGUGAUCCUAGUGGAGAGCACUGGUUAGGUAAUGAGGCCAUUCACCUGAUCACCAGUCAAGGCCAGUACUCCCUUCGAGUGGAACUGAAGGACUGGGAGGAGAACGGAGCAUAUGCACUGUAUGACAAAUUCCAGCUGACCAGUGAAAAACAGCAGUACAGACUCUUGCUAGGGAGCCAUAGUGGAACAGCAGGACAAAAAAGCAGCUUAGCAUUAAACGGCACAGGCUUCAGCACUCGCGAUGCCGACAACGACAAGUGCGAGUGCAAGUGUGCUCUCAUGAUGACUGGAGGCUGGUGGUUUGAAGCUUGCGGUAUGUCCAACCUGAACGGCAUCUACUACACCAUCGGUCACAACAUCCGCAAACUCAAUGGCAUUAAAUGGCAUCACUUCCGAGGACCCAGUUAUUCACUCCAGUCCACUUCCAUGAUGAUCCGACCCACUGAUUUCUAAAGCUAAUGAACCAGCAUUUCCACAAGACUGUCGUACUGUAGGACAGUGGAACCAGAUUUAAAAAAGCAAUGUAAUGGAUGAACAGUGAUGAUUUACUGCAAAUCCGACUGCUGGAAUGGACAAAAGCAUUCAUCUAUGCCAACAUUUCCAUUUUAGACAUAACUGUAUAAAGACGCUUCACCUUC